AUGCUGAAUGUUCCGUUUAAGAGAUGGUGUCCAGGAGCGGUUCUCGACGACUCUCCAAAAGAUUCAAACCCUUUGGAACGUUCCAGGUCGGAGAACGCAGAGCUUCGGAAGCAACUGAAGGCCCGCGAGCUUGAGGGAAUCAGCGCGAUGAAACGGCGAUCAGACGAGUUGACCGUGGAUGUGCUGAAAGAGAGGGUGUACACGUUGCUGGGCGAUAACGCUGAGCUAAGGAUGGAGAAUCGCAAAUUGCUCAAGCAGAACGCUAAACGGGGUAUCAGCCCUGAGAUCGAAGUCCUCCAGGGUACUAGCAGUGCAUCUCGGAAUAUGCCAGACAAGGAGCGUAGUGUGAAGACGCUGUUCAUCCGCUUCUGCAACAUCAUGACAGACACUACUAAGUACGAGGCCAUGAAGUGCGACAGACUACCAUGCGGCCACGGCCUGUGCACGAACUGCUGGCAGUCUUGGAACGCACGCUCCGCCAAAGAAAAGCACUGUAUCAUCUGUCAUCAUCCAUACCAGCCCUACGAUGUCCUGCGCCUGUACCGCGAUGAACUGCGGGAGCGCAGCUGGACCCAGCUCCAGGCGGUCGUGGACGAGUGGAUGGCGAUCGAACCACUCGCCAGGGAAGCAGACCGAGAAGAUGCGCGUCAGUCGUCGCCGCACGCGGAGGUUGACGAACACUCUGGUGAGGAAGAGGAGGUGGAGGCGGACGUGAUGUAUGCACCCAUCCCACCACGCAGCCUCGAUGCCCGUCCAAUCGUCGAGUUCUUCCUCGAGCACGCCCCUGGCGACGCCGCCCAAGACGCCCCUACAGAGAUCUUCCCACUCUGGGCCGGGACGUCGCCCCGAACCGCCACGCCGGCCAAGCGCGGAGCCAGCAAGGCAGGUGCCUGCGUCCUCAAAGCCCGCGGUGGUCUACGACGCCGCCAGUGGCUGGAAGGGAGACGGAAACGCAAACGAGGUGCCGAUUUCUCUGAGAUUCGUCAGUUCAAGUCGCCGCGCCAGGAUAGUCUACUUGUCAGUCGGAUAUCCAUGAGCCCUGCAGUGUAA